GCUCUGACGAGUAUAUAGUCCCCAAUCCACGCUCACGCCUUUUCGCUUCUCUCACCUGUUGCCGCCGCAUUGCUCUCGAUCCUACCUCCGGUUGAUUUCCGGUGAUUGAGCAAAGGAUUGAAGGCUAUCGAUACAGUCAUCCAAGAUGCAGAACGAGGAGGGUCAAAAUAUGGAUCUUUACAUCCCCAGGAAGUGCUCUGCCACAAACAGGCUCAUUACUUCUAAGGAUCAUGCCUCCGUGCAGAUCAACGUCGGGCACUUGGGCCCUGAUGGAAUCUACACCAACCAGUUCACCACAUUUGCCCUCUCCGGUUUCAUCCGAGCACAGGGUGAUGCUGACAGUGCCAUUGAUAGACUUUGGCAAAAGAAGAGAGCUGAAGUUCGACAAUAAACAAUUAUGUAGCCGAGAGCAAGUACAUUUUGUUUCUUAGUGACUUUACUUGUUAGACUAUUCCAUGUGAUGGAUGAUUGCAGGCGAAUUUUCGUUUGCUCUUGUUCUU